UGAAUGUAAUUAAGCUUAAAACAAAACUUUUGGUUUACGCAACGGAAAAUCCUUUAACCGGUUCCUAAUUUGCUGCAUUUAUUUGACGAAUCUAAAAUGAAUUAACAUUUUAAAUCCAACGAGCGGUUUACUCAGUCAAAUAAAGUUCGCGAAAACUCUUCAUUCUAAUACGUAUUGCACAAGACAAUAAAGAGAAAGUGAUAUUUGCUGUUAAAUAAAAAUUGCAAUCCAGUCGGACAUUUUAUUUUCCCGCUCAAUGAACACGGGCACUUAAUUUAGUGGUCACGUGAACAAGAAUGAUUUUGCAAUUAUCAAUCUUACUACUAACAAUUAGCUGUAUGUUUGUAUAUAGUUAUGAUCCUGCAGAUCCCGAAAUAAAGACAGUUAUUCCGCCAAAAGGUCAAUUUGAAGCAUUUUAUCCCAGAGGCGGUGAAUUGGGCUCAGUAAGAGCUGCCCACUCCCAUGGAAGUUUCUACAAACAUCGAAACCCAGCCCUGGUUGAUGCACGAAACGCUGCUGCUUAUGGCUUUAGGUUCGAUGGAAAGCGCAGAUUCAAUUACGAGUAAAAUGUAUGUGAACUAAAAAUUUAACAAAGCCAAAAUGGAAAAUAUACCAGCAUUUCGAAAUGAU